AUGAAGCCCAACUCGGCAGGCUCCUCCGCAGAGGCCUGCAAAGCUGCAGGGCAGGCACCGCCACAGAAGACUCAGGCCACACCUGUACAGGCCUCUAGGCAGAAGGUCGUGGUGACUGGAGGAGGAGGCUACCUGGGCUUUAGCCUGGGUUCCAGCCUGGCCAAGAGCGGCACUUCUGUCAUCCUGCUCGACCUCCGCCGACCCCAGUGGGAGCUGUGCCCAGGGACCGAGUUCAUCCAGGCUGAUGUCCGCAAUGCGGAAGCCCUGCACCGCGUCUUCGAAGGGGUGGACUGUGUCUUCCAUGUGGCCUCCUACGGAAUGUCUGGUGCUGAGCAGCUGCAAAAAGAGCAGAUUGAGUCUAUAAACGUUGGAGGCACGAAACGAGUGCUUGAUGUUUGUGUCCACCAGCGGGUUCCAAGGCUCAUCUACACCAGCACCGUGAAUGUCACAUUCGGCGGGAAGCCCAUAGAACAAGGCGAUGAGGACUCUGUGCCGUAUUUCCCACUGGAGAAGCACAUGGACCACUACUCCCGAACCAAAGCCAUUGCCGACCAGUUGAUCCUCACGGCCAACGGGACGCCUCUCCCAGGAGGAGGCACUCUGCGGACAUGUGUCCUCCGGCCCCCAGGGAUCUAUGGCCCUGAAGAGCAGAGGCACCUGCCCCGCGUGGCGAGUCACAUCAAGAAGAGGCUGUUUGUGUUCCGAUUUGGGGACCGCAGGACGCGGAUGAACUGGGUCCACGUGCGCAAUCUGGUGCAGGCACACAUGCUGGCGGCCGAGGCCCUCACGGCCGCCAAGGGCUACGUGGCCAGUGGGCAGGCGUACUACAUCAAUGACGGAGAGAGCGUCAACCUCUUCGAGUGGAUGGCCCCACUGUUUGAGAAGCUGGGGUACAGCCAGCCCUGGAUCCAGGUUCCUACUUCCUGGGUUUACCUGUCAGCCACAGUGAUGGAAUACCUGCACCUGGCCCUGAGGCCCAUCUGCAGCCUCCCACCACUGCUCACCCGGAGUGAGGUGCGCAGCGUGGCGGUGACGCACACCUUCCAGAUCGCCAAGGCCCGCGCCCAGCUCGGCUACGCGCCGGACAAGUUCCGCUUCGCGGACGCCGUGGACCGGUACGUGCAGGCGACAGCCGGGCAGACCCGCGGCUCCACGGCGCGGACGCUCCUGCGGCUGCUGCUCGGACUGCUGCUGCUCCUUGGCCUGCCCCUCCUGGUCCUGCACUUCCUAGGCCUGCAGCCGUCCGUCGUCUGACCGUCGUCGCCGGCCUGCCCCUGCGCCUGCCCCUGCUUCGCCGUCAAGGACUGGGACCAGACUCUGCUCGGCCCUCGGAACUUGGGCGCUCCCCCCUUGAGUCCUGGGCUUGUCCAUGCCCCGCCCUCUGGGCGUGGACUGCCCCGGCUCCGCCUCCGGGUUCUGACCCCCUGCCUCUGCCCCGCCCUCUGGGCGGGGACCCGCCCCGGCUCCGCUUCCAGCGUUCUCGCCCCGCCCCUGCCCCGCCUCUUGAGCCAUGGCCACGCCCCUCCCCUGCCCCCCGUGUCUUGGUCUCCCUGUGGCUUGGCCGGGCCCGCCCCGCCUUCCAGGCCUUAUCCCCUCC